CAACUUGCUCUCCGAUUUUGCACACCUUUAGCCUUUAGAUACCUGCCUCCAGGUGGAGCCAAGGUUGAAUGCGGAAGAAAACAAACAUUAUUAUUCUUAAAAAUGGCGUCGCACGUCUCUGCGUAUUCUGCUGCCAGUUCAGCGCUGUAUCAAAGUACAAUCGCUAGUACUGGAAUUCAGAGAGAAACUUUUGGGGACCGCCUGACUCAGACGAGAUAUUGGCUGUACAACCCUGAGGAUGGUACUGUAAUGGGAAGGACGCCCGUUGAUUGGGGUAAACUAUUCAGAUAACUUACUUAAAUAAAAGUGGAUCAACGACUUACUACUUAAUCUUACUUUUACACUUAUUAACUUAAUUUGAAACUUUAUUUAAGUGUACGUUCCGAUUGACGGAGUCUGAGUUAGUGAGAUGGGCGUACUAGUUGUCAUGUCUACUGGUUUCUACUGAGUCUGAAUGAAUCGCUCAUUCAUCAUGAUUGCCCAUUAUUCACAGUUCAGUUCACUGUAAUGGCCGGUACGCACUUGGAUUAGACUCUAACUAAUCUAACGCUAAGCGGGAGGGGGGGGGGAAGGGGGUGUUAAAAAGGGACAGCACAUCAUUUAUGGAUGGUCUCUUCUUAGCCUCAACAUAUAAUAAUAUUAUAUAAAUUGUAAGGCUUAUUAAAAGUUAUUAAUUUUAUGGCUUACCAAACUAUAAUAAGGGGGAGAGAUAUUGCUGUCCUCUCAGAUUCUAUAACUGCUACAGCUACUAAGCCUGUGUGUUUUUUUAGUUUUGUUUUUUCAUUUGUUUGUUCACUCAUGAAGGCCUCUUGCCAAUAAUGGCCAUUAAUAAAUUACGUUAAUUGUUUUGUUGGGUUCUCUUAUUCAGGUUUUCACACACUUUGUUUCGCUCUCAUUUCCACUAAGUAUUAAAAAAAAAGAAGAGACUAGAUGAUUGCAUUAUAGAAAUUAUACUAAUACUAUAUUACUUUCAUGGUUGAUUAUUGAUAUUUUAAAAAUUUAAAUAAUUUUUAAUGUGGAAUAUUUACUUCAUAUUCCCAGUCAUUUACAUUAUCUGCAUCAUUGUGUUCCUGUUGGCAUUGCUUGGAUUCUCAGCUGUAUUUUGUGGAAUUUUCUACUGGGUUAUAGACUGGAAUUAUCCAACUCUUCAGGGAGGUAGCAGCAUUUUACAGGUAGGCCAGUGACUAACAUCAUUUACUGUAAUACUUUUGUAAAAUUGUAAUUUUAAAUUAAUAAAAUUUUCUUCAUUUGCAGCAGUGCUAGCAGGUUCACCUUCAGGCAUCACUGGAUAAAAAAAUAAUACAUUUUUUAUCAAUUGCAGCUGGAUCACUAUCAGUCACCACAGGACACAAAAACAUGCUAUACAUUAUUUCAAAAUGGAGAGAAAGUUAAUAUUGCUAAAGCCACCAUCUACAACAAUACCUCACAAAGUAUUGUUUUUACUAUCUAUUCUGUUGAGCAUGCUCAUAGUCUAUUCUGAUUAAAUUUUUUUUUUAAAAUUGAAAAUAAAAUUCUAUGGGUAAAAGAUAUAUUAUAUAUUAUAAUAUAUGUUGUUAAAAAUCUCAUUAAAUCUGUUUUCCGGUUGAAUCACUCCACAACAAAUAAAGUCACCUGCAUUUAGUCCUGGUAAUGAAAUCAUCCCAAUCUCUUAAAUAAUGAAGACUUUCUUAUCAACUAGUCUUUAUGUGGAAAUCAAUGUAAUUUCUAAUAGAACAUAUUUAAAAGUAAUACAGAGGUCUCAGUUCAGUUAAUUUCCCAUAAAAAUUUGUGCCAUUGUUAUGUUCAUGUUUUUGGUCAUUGUUUGUAGCAUCAACCAUUUACAGUGAAAGGAUGAUUCUUUCUCGCACAUCACUGAUUCUUUAUGUCAGUACAGAGUAAGUUUUCUACUUUAUUUAAAUGAGUGUCUCUGCAUUUUAAAGUCUGCUAUGUGUAGUUUGUAGCAUCUUUGUUUUUUUUCUCUCUAUAAUUAUUUUCAUCACCAGUACAUAGGUUAAAAUUACUAACAUUAAUUUGAUUAAACACUCUGAGAUUUAUCUCUUUGUAUUGUGUCCAAUCUCAAUUUUCUGGCUCCAAGAUUAAUUUUUUAGUAAAAACAUCAUGUUGAUUCAGCCCUUUAUGUUUAUCUUGAAAAAUACAAAGAGUGGAACAGUUUUUUUUUCAUUUACAACGAAUAACCUAUUUUGGUAUCAAAGUCAAAGUUCUGGUUUAAAAGAUUUGAAGAAUGUGCUCUCCGAACAAGUCAAUGAAAUUUAUUUCACAACUCCAUAUGAUCAAAAUUAAAAAAGAAAUGACUAUUAAGUUUGUAAAUAAUAACUUUUAAGGCACUCAACUUAAGUCUAUUCUACCUAUUUAAAAUUGAAGCAAAAUUCAUAUUUUAGGUCAUAAUAUCUUUCUGAUCGUUCAAAAUAUUCAUUGUAAAACCUUUUAAAAUAUACCAUACUUAAAAUUCAUAUUUUUUUAGUUUAAAUUUUUUCUAUUAACUAUUCUAUUAACAUUAAAUUCACAUUCAUUUCAUUUGAUCUUUCAUCAAAUAUAACUAGUAUAACAACUUGCAAUUAUGCAUUUGUGUGUUUGUAGUUAUCAAUAUUUCCAAUUAGUCCACUAAUAAUAUUAUAUAAUAUAUAAUUAUUAUAUUUCACGCCCAUACGAAAUGAAAUGGGUCAUCAUUUAUUGUUAUCAUGUAACUCAAAAGAUGUAAAGUUGUAUGUAGUUGUGUAAUUGAAACAAAUUGUCAUAGUGUACAUGUCCUAAGCCCCAUUUACAUAUCUUAGUAGUUUGAAUCCUAUAAGCUCUCUAUGAAUUCUACCUUAUCAAUCUACUUGUCAGCUAGAAUGUGCUAAUUAGUGUGUAUUGUUUUUUUGAUUUCUGAACUUAACAAUUUAAACUUUAAGAUCUUCAAUGUCAGUAUUUUUGUGUAAAUUUGUUUAAUUUUAAUAUAUUUUAUGCUUUUUUUUAGAGCUUGCUUACCUUUCAGUUUUUAAUAUGUUUUGCCACUGUUGUUAUAUUGAUAAUAUUCUUUUGAUCAAAAUAUAGCUAUAAAACUUGUAACAUAACACCUAUAUUGUUCAUUUUGAAGAAUUUCUUUCAGUUUUAACUAUUUAACUCAAAUUUGUAGAACUUUUUGUGUCUUUAGCGCUUUUCAACAUUUCAAGCAUUUUGUUUAAGCUACACAUUUCAUAUUAUGGAUUUGAUUAGACGCCAUAACUGCUGUGCAUUCCAAUAUUUUCCCAUUCAUUACCCUUAACAACUUGUCAGUAAGUCUUUUUUUAAAGCUUAAGUAGACCAUACUAUAUGUGCUUAGUAAACAUGCAAAGAAAAACCACUUCAUACAAUUUUUGGUAAGUUACUGCUGUCUUAGUAGCACAGACUUUCUCAUUAAGUCAGAAAAGAUAAAGCAUCUUGUAUACUUCACAUUGCACUAGCAAGUAACGAUGCAGUGAUUGGUGCCCAUCUCCCACAAGCUCUUAUUUAGAAUUUGUAAAUAAUUGUAAAAUUAUGUGCAUGAUUUUUUAAUAUAUAAAUAUAUACAUAAACAUUAGGUGAAUAAAAUAAUUUCAUGUUUCGUUUCAUUUCAUGUGAAUAAGCUGCUACUUGUAACAUAAGGACAAUAUCUAUAUUUAUUUUUUGUUAUAUAGGUUAACUAUUUGGACAUUUAUUGAAAUAAUCACUUCUCUCUAAAUUAUAAUACAAGCCACUGAAGUUUCAAAAGUAAAGAACUAGUACCUAGAAUAUUGUUUGAUUAUUUACUUAAUAAUAAGUGUUUAGGAAAAUCUUGACACUAUAUUGUUAUUGUGGACAGACGCCUGGCAUGUCCUUCCGGCCUCAGCCUCAUAUAGGAUCAACGCUCAUACGAUUUUUGAAAGGGGACAUCACUACCUAUACCCACCUUCUUGAUCACAUUGAAGCUUAUAUUAUGUGUAAGUUUUUUUUUUGGUUGAACUUUAACCAUUUCGAGAAAUUCUAAAAGUCACCUGCUAUUAUUUUAGUGUUACAUAAUUUCUAUUAUUAAAUCAUUUCUGUGCUUAUCCCAGACAUUAGAAACAUUAGAAAUCCCAUUCUAAACAAAAUUGAAGAAACUCUUCAAGCUAUGCAUAUUGAAUUUAACUAUUUAUAAGAGUGUUGGACAGCAAUAAAGCUUUAAAAUAGAUUAAUUAGCCACAAACAAUUUGUGUCAAUUUAACAAUAUAUGUUAAGCUUUAAUAAUAAUUUUACAUAAUACACAAGUAAACGUUUCGGCACAUGCCUUCAUCAGUAUAAAAACAAAACGUUUAAAUAAGUAUAUAUUAAAUUUACAUUUAUAUAUAUAUAUAUAUAUAUAUAUAUAUAUAUAUAUAUAUAUAUAUGUGUAUCAUAUAGAAAAAAAAAAAAAAAAAUAAGAGUGUGUGCAAAACACAGACAGAAACAAAACGUUUCGGCACAUGCCUUCAUCAGUAUAAAAACAAAACGUUUAAAUAAGUAUAUAUUAAAUUUACAUUUAUAUAUAUAUAUAUAUAUAUAUAUAUAUAUAUAUAUAAAUGUGAAUCCUAUAGAAAAAAAUGGAAAAAAAUAGGAGUGGGUGCAAAACCCAGGCAGAAACAAAGUAAGGACGAAUGGAAAGGAAGUGAUUUGAAGUAAAAUGUAAAAAACCGAACAGGAAAAAGACACAGCAGCUAUGUAAAAUUAUGGAUUUGGUUUAUACUGUAUGGAGUCAAAAAACCAAAUCUUGUUAUUAAUUUAUUCUCCAUAUAAAUCCUAUCUGGUGUGUUACUAGUAUACAGUAUACGAGUAACUGCAAUGUCUAAAAUUGCAUCAUGGUUAGUGAAAUUGACAUGUUUGGAGACUGGACAAAGAGCUUGUUUAUUUAGGUGUUCUCGAAACCGGUCUCCAUGGCGACGACCUGUCUCUCCUACAUAUAGUUUACCGCACUUUUUACAAAGGAUGGUGUUAAUCACGUGCGACUUGUACAAGUAAAGCCAUCUUUUACUCUGAUUAUUUCCAGAGGGAAAGGGAUCUUGUCAACUUCAAUCACAUAGGGACAUGUGUUACAAUGGCUACGGUUGCAAAUUUUGGUGCCUUUAUGUCCUUUAAUAGGAGGAAGGUGGCUUCUAACUAGCAUGUCCCUAAGGCUCUUGUCCCUCCGGAAAGUGAAAAGAGGAGGUUUUCUGAAAAUCUCAUUGGUGACAGGGUCUGCCAUAAGAAUUGAGCGGCUUUUCAGAACCAGAAAACAAGCUUUAAGGUUAUGGGGAUGAAAAGUUAAAAUAAAUUUAGACCUCUCCCUAGCGUCAGAAUGAGAGCUUUAAAAGAAUCCUGUCUAGUCAUACCUUCAACUCAAGUGACAGCUGCUUUUAAAAUUUGCUCAGGAUAUAACUGGCGUUGGAAAAAAUACAACAUUUCAGCCGUCUUUUCCCAAAAAUCCUCAUCAUUGAUACAGACUUGUUGGCAUACAAUAUUUAAAAAAAAAAAUUUUUUUUAGAAAGUAUUUAGAAUAUUUUGCCAACAUAUCUAAUAAUUUAUUCAUGUAAUGUAAUGAUACACAAUUUGUGAUCAAAGUUUCAUUAAUAAUAAAGGUUGUCAUAAUUGAGUAUUAUCAAUCAUAACUGAUAUAUAAUUGCCUAAUUUGCUGACUUACCUAAAUUGAUUUGAUUUCACUUUUAGAUUAUGAAAAUGAACUUCAGGUAGGAGAUCGAUACAAAGACUGCAAUGAGAUCAGAAAACGUCGUACUGAUGAACUGGACAAAGUUUGUGUUUUUGAUCCUAUUGUUCUUGGAGGCGAUUGUGUGAAGCAGCAGAACUAUGGAUUUGAUGAUGGUCAGCCAUGUAUCCUGCUCAAAUUGAAUAAGGUUUGGCUCUUUAACAGAUUAGCAUUGUCAGUUUAAUUAGCAAUCGAUUACUUUUCUGACACGUGUAAAAAAAAUAAAUAUAUUUUUUCUUUGCCUCACAACAGCAUGUCUGAUAAUCUACAUUACUACCAUGUCUUUGGGGAUGAAGCGUGUUUUUGAAAUGAACUUUAUUAUUAUUAUUAUUUAUGUCUACCUAAAAUAAAUAUAAUGAGAAGAUUCUAGAAAGUUUAUAAUACUAUUUAAAUUAUACUGUUAUUUAUAUCUCCCACUUCAUGCUGUUAAUAUUCAAUGAUUUCAGAAUUUAAAAAAAAAGAAUAGACUUUUAUUCUUUGUUUGCACAUGAUGUGUUAUAACAGUAAAUUAUAUUUUCAUGUUCUCUGAGGAAAAAAACCUCCAAGAUUCUUGUACUUGAUCAUCCAAAGGGAUAUGCUUAUGAUUUAUCAUUAUUAUUGUUUGUCGGCAUCCAUAGUUCAUAAUCCAAUUUCUUUUGUGGGAAAGCUAUUAACUAUAAUAUUAUUUACACCAAGAUGGCUUUAAACUUUAACAGAUAUUUGAUUGGGUGCCGGAAGAGUAUACACCAGAAACAGUACCGGCGUUGAUCAAAGAUAAUUGGGAUGAAAAUGAUCCUUGGUGGAUACAUGUGCGUUGUGAUGGUGAUGUAAGUAAUUAUUGAAUAUUUAGAAUGUAGAAAUAGUAAUUUUUCCAACUGAAUGCAUGCUUUAUUACAAGAUGGGUGUAUAUGUAAUAAAUACAUAAUAUAUAAAUAUAAUAUGUAUAUACACAUGGAUUGAUUAAUACCCUUGGCUGGAGGAACUUGAAAUUGUCCCCAUAAUGAUUUCAAUAUGUGGUUCCCAUUUAAAACAUUCAAUUUUCCAAUACAACUUUAAGGAAUUGCAACCUUACUAUCAACCCCAUUCCUCAUCUGUGUGUUAAUUUAGCAUACAUUCGCGAUAGUGAUAGUAUUCUAUCAGUUACUUCUCUCAUGACAAAAUAUGAAGAUUUUUAUUAUGAGAUACUCCAUAACAGUUUAUAUACAAAACAAUAAAUUGAUCCUGUUGAUCUAUCCAUCCUUGGGGCACUGCAGCCCAUUUAGGGCUUUGGCCUGCCUCACCACUCCCUUCCACUCAGACCUAUCUGAUGAUUUUCUUUUCCAUGCUUGGAUUCCCAACUGCUGAAGAUCUUUUUCCUCAUCAUCCAUCCAUCUAAGCCUAGGUCUGCCUUUGAGCUGUUUUCCUCUGGCGUUUUGAUGGUGCACCCUCUUCACUCCUCUGUUAUUUGGCAUUCUUUCUUAGUGUCCCACCCAGCAUAGCCUGCCUUUUCUUUAUUUCUGCUACUAGCCUGGGAUCCUGAUGUAGUCUAUUAAAUUCCUGGUUGGUUUGUAAUCUCCAUCCUGAUAAUUGCCUAAUUUACUGUUUAUUCAUCCUUUUUUGGUCUAUAAACUUUUUGGACAUCCUGUUGAUGGGCAAUAAAAUAAACACUCUAUCUUGAAAUCCUCACCAUGUUCCGAUGAAGCAUUUCUCUGAGCAGUAUAUUCUAGGCUUGCUACUACAUAAACUGAAAUGACUGUAAGACUUGUCAAAUGGCCUGCAGUGUUGUUAAGUCUUUCAGACCAUGAGCAAUCAAUAAACUACAUCAUUGACAGACAACUCAAGCCACAACCCUGGAUCUUUCACUAAAUUUACUUCAUAUAUUGCAGAACGAAUCAUUUCACUAUUAUUACCUUGUUCACUACAUUACAUUUGCUGCACUUCUUUCUACUCUUCAAUCAACAUUUGCAGUCAAGGUAUCAAAGAAGAGAGUUCAUGAUAUGGGAGAAAUAAAACUAGUUUUCGAAAGCUUCCCCCUUUAACAAACGUAAAACUUGUGAAUCGCAUUAUAAUAUUAAUAUCCAUAAUUGUGGCCUAUCAAUUUAGCCAUAGAAGCAGCAAUCGAUCAUCUGCCCUCAUGACAGCUCAUGGGUUGAAAAGUCUUGAUAUUUUUCUGGAUAUUUUGUGGUGCCCCUUUUUCCUGGUGCCCUAAGCACAUACUUGUAUUGCUUAAAGGUUACUCCUUUAUUUUUUAAAGGUCAAUCAUAAGCUAAUAGCCAAUCAUUUUUUAACAAUAAAUUAAAUUUAAAAAAUGUUUUGAUUCCAAAAUGUUAGCCUACAUGACUGCACAAUGUUUUUUUUUUAGGAUGAUGCCACAAGAGAAAACAUGGGAGAUCUUUCCUACUUCCCUCAGCAAGGAUUUCACUUUAAGUAUUUCCCUUUCCGCAACCAGCAAGGAUACAGAUCUCCACUUAUGUUUUUGCGUUUUGAAAACCCCCAUCCUGGGAUUCUUCUUAUGAUGACUUGUCGAGCUUUUGCCAGAAACAUUAUUCAUGAUCGAGUGGAGCAAGUUGGUCAGGUCCAUUUUGAGCUUAUUGUAGAUUAAUCCAAGCCACUGGUGUCACCAUUUCAAAUUUGUAUAUAAUUAUAUGUUGAUCUUUUUUUAUUUAAAGAGUUAAAAUUGUAAUCAAAGAUUGUAUCAGAAACCCAUUUCCUAUUCAUUAAUAAGAAAUAAAUUUAUUUUGAUAAUUUAUUCAAGCCCUAGUUUUGAAAGACAUUUGUUAUUCAAGGCCCAUUAAAACCAAUGCCUUAAAUGAAUAUUAGUGAACAAAUAAAAUACUUAUCAUUCUUAUAUUAACUUGUACGUGUUAAAAUUUUUUGGCACUCUGUGCCCAGAUUGAUUGAUUUGUCUUAGAAUGUUUCUUGGUGAUCUACAAGUACAAUUUUUACAGUCAUGUGCAUGUAUUUUCCUUGUAUUAUUAUUGCUGUACAUGAGAGUUUAGUUAUUUUUUUGGACAGUAGGGGUGGGCAAACUGUGGCCUGACAACUGAUAUUAUGCCGCCCUCGAGGGCAUUUAAAAAGAAAAAUUUUGUUUCUUUUUAAAGUUAUUUUGUUGAAUUUUACAGAAUGUCAUUUACCGUUAUGAUUAUUUGAAAAUUUUUUAAUGAAAUUUCUUUCUAAUUUUCUUUGUAAACUGUCCUUUACAUUAGAAAUCAACAUUAGUAGUGACUAUAAUCGGUUUGUAUCUAAAUAAAAGCCAUUGAUAGAUAACAAUUUUUCAUUAUAAUAAAAAUUUGUAAAAUCUUGUAGACAAAUUAGUAAAAGUUUGUGUCCACAUUGUAAAAUAAAAAUUUAAGUGUAUAAGUAAAAAAAAUCGCAAUAAUUGGUUAUUUAUAAUUUUAAUAAUCAAUAAAUGAGUCCUAAUGUCUUAUUAUGAUAGGUUGUUGUUACCAAAGUGGACAUAAUAUAUAAGCGGCCCCCCAAUAGCUUUACAUUUGUCAAAGUGGCCAUACGCCAAAAAGUUUGCCCACCCCUGUAUUACAGUAUUCUUUAUUGGAUUUUUUCAAACUAGUUUUUAAUUAUUAAAAAAAAACAACAACUAUGAUGCAAUAUGAAAUAGAAAAAAUGCAACCAGGGUAAAAAUAUGCAGAACAUUUACUUAACUGCUAUGUUAUGUAAAAUUAACUUAACUAUUCAUCAGAUAAUGUUGAUAUGCUGAUUUUUUAAUGCUAGUCAUUUAAUUCAUAUCAGCAUUUCUUUUGUAUUUAUUGUAUUCACCGUUAUUGUAUUCACCGUAUAACUAGUAUACUGGUUAAAGCAUAAUGUUUUACAAUUUUGUUAAUAUAUUGCCCUUAUAUAUUUUUUAUAACUGUCUGAAUGUUUAUAGUCUGUGCAUUUUCAGAGCUGCUCAAACCUUUAUUUUUAAUAAAUUAUUUUUGAAAUAUUAAAAGUGUAAUUUUUACCAUCUGUGUCACUAUAUGACAGAUUCAGGUAUUUCAUUGUUGUUCUUCAUUUGUGCAGGCAUUAGUAACAGGUGUCAAUAUUUCAGAUCCUGAGUUAUUCAAAUCUGUAUUUAAUGAGAAGCAGAUAGAGGAAAAUUAUUAUUUAAUGAAAGCUUUUAAGACUGAAAUUAUGUAUCUAUAUUUUGUUAAUCUAUAACAGGGUAUAAAAUGUUACAUUCACAUUUAUCAUUUAUUCAAGAUCUUGUAUAUUAAUUUGUAAAAAAAGCAUUUAUUUGUUAAACACUUAUCACAUUUUUAAAGAUCACAAUACAUUCCAAAUCAUUUUGUCAUAAUGUUUGUUUUUAUAAGAUACUUUCAUAUGAUGGACAUUUUUGUAUAGUUUAAAAAAUGAAAAGUAAUUAAAUUUUGGUUUUAUAAAAAUAUUUCAGUCUGCAACAGUUUAAGUAAAGUAUUGCAAUCUUUUUAUGCUUCAAUAUGAUGGAUGUAAACAGAAAAGUGUCAAAACUUGGUAGCUUAGUAGCUGUAUGGCUCAUUAACAUACCGCUGUUAUAACUAUUACGAUACAUCUUAUUUAGACAGCCCCAAAAUAACUUGUCAUCGUGAUAAUUUAAAAAAAUUAUCCUCACUUUGGCUCAUACACUGUUUUUUUACUUCUCGCUAAGAUACAUUCAAACCAUUUGGCAAUUGACAUAUGACUUAGUUCCCAUUAGGGCACAUAGGGGCUGAAGAAUCAUGGACAUUCCUUGGAAAAAGUUUUGUACUGGUACUCUUAUUAUUUUAAAUUUCCAUAUGUAAUGAGUCGUAGUGGAAUUUAAAAAAUAUGACAACCCCUUAUUACUUUAUUUCUACAAUAUUUUACUACAAAUGGUACUAGCUUUAUAUGCUUUAAUUUAUUCUUUGUUGUAAAGAUGAUAAAAGCAAAUUUUUAUGGGAGUCAAACGCUCACAGAAGAGCUUCUUCAAAUAAACUGCAUCCACGACUAGGUGGAUGUACAGAUGCUUCCCACCUUACGAACAAAAUAAGUUCGAAAUGACUAAUCAUACCCUUAAUUUGUUCAUAAAAUGUUACUUGGUUCGCUGUUAACUAUCCACAUCUCAUAAUGAUGUUGGUGAGAUAAAAUCUAUAAAUGCAAUCAAAUAAACUAAAACAAAUAAUGGGUUUUAAAUAGUACAUUAUAAAUUGAAAAUUAUAAAUUAAUAAAGAAUUCUUUACUAUACAGUACAUACUGGUAACUUGGAUUGUGGUUUUUGAGGAAUAUGCAUACGGAGGAGGCAGUUAGAGUUUUCAGGGCAAUUCCACUGUUACCAGCUCUCCAUAUGUUACAAAUUGUGGGAUCACAUUAUGCAUCAUGUAGACUCGAUUUCUAUGUUCCGUUUAUUUCCUUUUGACUUUGAACAAAUUGCACUUUGAGGACAGGUUUGUUCGUAUCUGGAAAAGUUUGCAAAAUGAAUGUUUGUAAGGUUGGGAGUAUCUGUAUAUACAAUCCAGCCACCCAUACCUCUAAUUUUAAAAGUCUUCAUUAGUAAAAACGCUUAUUGCAUAAACAUUUACCAAUCUUUAAUGGUUUAGAUUUUUAAAAAGCAAGACAUUGCUUUCAUGUGCCUUUCGUUGACUAUCUCAAAAACAUAUUUUUUCUAAAUGUUUAUUGUGCUUGUUGUUCUAAAAUCAAACUUGUAUUUAAAAACAGCAUUAAAUAUUCAGUAGUUAUAAACUAUGACCUUCAAAAUAAAGGAAUUAGAUUUUAGUACACAACAAAAA